AUGAAUACCCUUACGAGGAAGAAGAAAGCAGCGCAGUUGGAACAGGAGGCAGAGAAUGAAGCAAUUGAAGUAGAGUUAGAGGGUGCCGACGCUUUAGACUCUUCGCUUGUUCCGGUUGCUGCGACAAAUCAAACUUUUGAACUUGAAGAAGGUGAAGAGAAACGCUUCUUAACUACUGAAUCUCGCGAUGACCCACGAAUAAAAGAAAUAAUUACUCUUCUAAUUAACUGGUUGAAUGAAGAACUGUCAUCGCAGCGUAUUGUAGUGAAGCACAUUCAGGAAGAUCUUUAUGAUGGCCAGGUGAUACAGAAACUAAUUGAGAAGCUAGCUAAUAUAAAAAUCGAAGUGCCUGAAGUCUCACAAAGCGAAGAGGGCCAGCGGCAGAAGCUUCAUAUUGUUCUGGAAACAGUAAACAGUAUCAUAAUUCAUGGAGAUUAUGAAAGGCCUAAGUGGAAUGCUGAAAACAUUCAUAAUAAAGAUAUAGUUGUUAUAAUGCAAUUGCUUAUUGCUAUAGCUGUUUUCUUCCGAGCCCCUAUACGCUUCCCAGAAUAUGUCAAAGCCCAAAUGCUUGUUGUUCAGAAGAGGGAAAACCAACUGAAAAAACAAUACAUAACUGAGCAGUUAACUACAACGCAGACAGAGCUUGGUGUUAAGGGUGAGAGAGAUGCAUUUGAUACGCUGUUCGAUUACGGACCGGAUAAACUGGCACAUGUAAAAAGUUCACUGCUUGCCUUCUGCAACAAACAUUUAAACAAAAUUAAUUUGGAAGUUACUGAUCUUGAGAAUCAGUUUCAAGACGGUGUUUAUCUAGUGCUUCUUAUGGGUCUUCUUGAAGGUUAUUUCGUCCCACUCUACAGCUUCCACUUACAGGUUUUGUCAUACGAGCAAAAGGUGCAAAACGUGUCUUUUGCUUAUCAGUUGAUGGCAGAAGCAGGUGCGCAAAAACCGCGAGCCAGAGUGCAAGAUAUCGUAAAUGGAGACUUGAAAAGCACUUUGAGGAUCUUACACUCGUUAUUCACAAAAUACAAGCACGUCUAA